CCUUUCAUUGUAUUAUUAACAUCAUGGUCUAUUAAACUUUGCUUUUAUCACUAUCCCUUGCUUGUCUUUAACAAAUUAUGUUUCACAGUGGAAGGACUGGAUUCUGAAGGAGCUGAAGAAAAUGAAUCAAGUGUUGGUUGAAUCAAGAGUAUGAAUGAGUCAACAGAUGAUACAUAUGAUGACAAGUUUGAGUUGAAACCUGGGCCUAAAGACCCGUCUGUAUUGCAUUUACAAGCUGAACAUAGGUCAUCCAUUAUAUGGAAUGUGGGUGGUGGGGAUGUCCUGAGAUCACGAGUUCGUAACCCCAGCAGCAACAGAUUUCCUUCAUUACAUCACCGGAUGGUUCCAUUACUCCGAGACGUGGGUUUUGACGGAGUUGCUAGGCUUACAGGCAUUUAUAUAGAUUGGAGUCUGGUUACAGCAUUGGUGGAGCGCUGGCGACCGGAGACGCAUACAUUCCACUUACCUGUUGGAGAGUGUACUAUUACUUUACAAGAUGUCAGCGUUAUUCUAGGAUUACGUGUUGAUGGGCAAGCAGUUACUGGUUCCACAGAUUUCAAAGAGGGUUGGAGUAAACUCCUUGAAAAUAUGUUUGGGGAAGCUCCUGAGGAAAAGUAUUUAGAUGGUGGCAGGUUAAAGAUGAGUUGGUUGGACAAAAUACUUCCAGAACUUUCUGACAAUGCAAAUGAGGAUGAGCUCAUCAGAUACACACAAUCUUAUAUGUUGCGACUCAUUGGUGGCAUACUAUUCACAGAUCAUCAAGGUUCUGAAGUUCAUUGCAUGUUUCUUCCUUUGAUUCAGAGUUUUGAACGUUCUCGAACAUUGGCUUGGGGUGCUGGUGUACUUGCAUACCUGUACAGAGAGUUGUGCAAGGCAUGCAAAGUAGGAGUAGUAGAAAUUGCUGGAUGUGUGUUAUUGUUACAGCUAUGGGCAUGGACCCGACUCCCUACUCUAGCUCCUGUUCCCCGUGGUCCCUAUUCAGAUAAUAAAGAGAUAUGGGGUGAUCUUCCUGGACCAUUUGGUUUGAGGUGGUGCGUUCCUAAAUCAUAUGCUGAUGCCAGUUGUCACAACGUGUCUGUUAAUCGCUUUUCGCUGGAUGUUCUUGGGCCUGAUCACUUUAUAUGGCUGCCGUAUGCUGAUGUGCUUGAUGAUUUAUCCGAGAUUUGUCAAGAAGGUAAUGCAGUUUGGUGUUACAAAGGUCCAAUUAUCUGUUUUUAUAUAGUAGAGCCGCAUGAACCCGAUAGAUGUGUGCGUCAGUUUGGUAUGGUCCAGGAUAUACCAUCAUCUGCUACUGUUUACUCUCGUUGUCUGCACAAGAUGACUUUGAAAGGAAAGACUGAAACUAACUGGAGGGAUAAGCAUAAGGAGCAUAUACUCUGUUGGGACAACCGCCUGCAGUUUGUGAACGUUAUAAAUAAUGUAGGUGCUGGGGUGACUACUCGCUAUACUGAAUGGUAUGCUAAUGUCACUCGUCCAUAUCAUACACGAGUUGCUGCUGCACAAUCAUAUGCGGUGAAGAUACUCAAUCGCAUAUCUGCUAUAACCAAGGUAAAUGGAGAUUACAAUGCUAUUGAUGUUCUUGCUGCUCGUGCGAGACAGAUAUUAGAGUCUCAAUGUAGUCGUGGACUUCGCCAAGAUUUUCCCAUUGAUGACUCCCUUGUUGAAAAAGAUCAAGAUCUGUUAGAGGUGAAAAAAAGAAAGGUUGGUCAUAAAGGAGGCCGUGGGGGGGUUAAUUGUCGUAAGAGACGCAAAAAGCGAAAUGAUGAUGAGACGAGUGUAAAUUUGGGUGAUGAGGGUGAAAAUCAUACCUCUGAUGCAGCAUCAAAUUUCGUAUUGCAGUCUAGUACUCCUGUUGGCAAGAUUUUAGCAAAUAUCGAGAAUGAGGUGGACUAUAACGGUGUUGAUCCUUCACCCACAUCGGGGUAUCAGAACUUUAAUUUAGGUAUUGAUCCUACGCCUCCAUCCUUAGCACCAUUUGAGCAGCAGCACACGCCAUUUGAGCUGCAGCAGGCGCCAGUUGAGCAACAGCAGCCACCAGACCCACCAUCGGUUGAGCAACAACAGCCACCAGUUGAGCUAGAGCAGCCACCAGAAGACAAACAGCCUCCAGUUGACAAAGAAGUGCAACUAGUACAGCAACAGCAGAAACAACCAGAAGAAGAGCCUGGAGAGCAACAACAGCCACCAGUGGAGCGAGAGCAGCCACAAGUUGAUGAAGAACUGCAGCUAGUACAGCAACAGCAGCAGCAACCAGAAGAAGAUCCUGAAGAAUCAAUUCAGGAAUACAUGAACAUAUUGUGCUGUGGCGACCUUGAAAGGAAAUAGCUCCAAAAUGUGGGAAUCUUCAUUACAAAAGGAAGAAGUUGUGUUGAUAUGUUGCUGUUGAGAAUAUACUACUGUCCUCUGAAGCAGCUUUAGAGUUCCGCUUUUAUAUGAUGAUACACAUCUGUCAUGUCUGCAGGUUUUUAAACGUUAUCAGAAAGGAUAUGAGGUCAUAUAUCUGUUUUUAUGGAAUAGCUUCUUGGUUUUCAUGGGGUGCAAACGCUUAUAAAUUUUAGGGGUGUAUUUGGUCCAGAUUUUAGAGGAUUUUUUUGGAUUUCACAAUUCUGGGUGUAUUCAGUUUGGAGUUUAAACUAUGCGUUGAUUUUAAGUUUUACUUCAAUAUCUUUUGUUAUUCUAUCAAGAUUUUAUCAUAUACAUUAAAUCCGAUAGUAUUCAUAUACUAAUGGAUGUUAUUGGAUUGUAUAAAA